AAGUGUACCAUCGAAGAAGCGGGACUUCCGUCUUUGGACAACCGUUUGCGAUUUUGUCUGAAGUAUAAUCAAACUACACGACAUUUAAUGUAAAAUAUUGAAACAUUUUUGUGUGUAAGCUGGGAAUAGAUGUUUAUGUGAAUUUUCAAAGUGAAACAAUCAAACGAUGUCUACCGUUUUUGGUAGUACUACUAUGAAAGCCAUGCAGACUCACAGUCAUACGACGCAAAAUGUAUUCAGCCCUCAGGAACUUUCUCUGGAGAUCAAGUCCUUCAUCAGUGGAGUAGACCAAAACCAGGGUCGGAAACUUAGCGUUCGUGAGCAUGCCCGCUGUGCCGUGCGCCUGUUGCGCUCCGUCCCCGCCUGUCGCGGUGCUGUGCUUGAGCACCUGAGGGGCGUAUAUGAUGAACACGUCUCCGCCUUCCUGCACCACCUGGAAAUGGAGGGAGACGGCAACUCCGCCCACAGCUCCAACCUGGAGGACGUGAUCAUGGAGGUCCACGGUGUGCUGUCAGAGUUCAUCCGCCUCAACCCCCGAGCCUGGGCACCUUUGGUGUCAUCCUGGGCUGUUGACCUGCUGGGCCAGCUGAGCAGCAAGCAUGCCGGCCGCCGGGCUGCCCCUCACUCCUCCAGCCUCAACGAGCUGCUGCAGCUGUGGAUGUCCUGUGCCGCUACUCGCUCUCUUAUGGAGGCCUACUCCCAGUGCCUGGCGGCCAUGUUGGCCUGGUGCCCAGACGCCUGUGUAGAUGCUCUGCUGGACACGUCAGUCCAGCACUCCCCGUACUUUGAUUGGGUGGUGGCCCACAUUGGCUCCUCCUUCCCAGGCACGAUCAUCAGUCGAGUGCUAGCCUGUGGCCUCAAGGACUUCUGCUCCCACGGUUACCCGGGAGACAAGCUCGGUCAGGGGGGAGCAGAUAAGGGUAGCCGAGUGCCGAAGAUCGGCUCUGUGGUGGGCAUCCUCGGCCAUCUGGCGGCGCGACACUCGGACAGCAUCCGGCGAGAGCUGCUCAGGAUGUUCCAAGACAGCUUGAGCCCGCCCCCUAUGUCCAGCUCAGGCUCCUCCUCCUGGGAGAGCUCCGCCCAACUCCGCAGGGCCACAGUGCCAUUCCUCCUCCAGCUGGCGGCGCUGUCCCCGUCUCUCCUUGGUGCUGUGUCAGCAGAGCUGGUGGAGUCUCUGAGGCCGCCCGUGCUCCUCCAGCUCCAGGUGGCGCUCCAGGGCCUGCCCCGGGAUGAGCUGGACAACAUGCUGGGCCUGGCCGUUCACCUCAUCAGCCAGAGCCCCGCCGGUGGUGCCCGCGUCCUACGCUUCCUGGCCGACACCGCCACCCCUGCCUCCGUCAUCAUCUCGGGCCCUACGCCCUCCCCCAACGAGGGGGUCCGCGAGGCCUGCGACCGCCUGCUCCAGAUGCUCCUCCUGCACCUCCACAAGCUGGUCUACAACCGUCCUGAGGGGGCUGAGGUCAACCCCCACUCGUCCGCCGCCCAGACCCGCCGCGUGGUCCCCUUCCUUGAGGAGCUGCAGUCCCACGUGGGGGAGCUGUGUGCCGAGACACUACGGCUGGAGAGGAAGCGGCAUCUCUGGCUGCACCAGCUGCUGUGUCUGCUGUCCGUGUACGGCGGCCCCAGUGUAGCCACAGAGGCCCUCUGCCAGCUGCUCACCCAGGCCCGCAACCCAGAGGAGCUGGCCCUGGCCUGGCAGCUCCACAGCCCGCUCUCUGCCUGCCUGCCCGGCCUCCUGCCGGCAGCAGUGGCCCGCUGUGUGGCCCAGAUCCACACCCACACCCUAGGGCCCCGGCAGCUCCGGCAGCUGUUGCUCAACCUGGCGUCCGCCAUGCAGAGCCAGGAGGAGGAGAGGAGAGGGGCUGGAGCUGGGGGCGCCCAGGCCUCCAUGGCGGUGCAGGUGGGGGCGGCGGUCUCAGGACACCUCCACAACUUCUGCCCACUGCUCCUCCACGGGGACUCGGGGGUAUCCCACGCUGCCGUGCGGCUCCUGUCCUGCAGCCCUCUCCCCCGCGCAGCUGCCCCCGCCCAUCUGCUGCUGGUCUGCAGGGCCACCGUCACUCACUUUUUCCUGGCCCUGCGGCGGAGAGGAGAAGGAGGGAAAGGGAGAGAUGGAGGACAGGUGGGAGAGGCGGUGAACUGCUCGGUGAGCCUCUUGUCUCGGCUUGCGGCCUACUCCUCGCUGACCCUCAAAUGUGUCCUGCAGCAGCUGGUGGAGGGAGCCCUGCACAAAGGCAAUUCAGACCUGUUUGGAGGGCAGACAGAGGAAACGGGUGUGGAGACCCCCGUCUCCAUGGCCCCGACCCAAGACCUGGGAGCCUCUCUGCUGGACAUCAAUUGCAAGUUUGGCACCACAGUCAACUUCUCCGGCAGCGUGUGGUCAGUGUUCCAUGCUGGUGUGAUUGGUAAAGGGCUGAAAGUCCGCACGGCCAAGCCCCAUCCUGACCCAGCCGGGGUCAUUCAGAAUGUUCAGACUCUCCUGGCAGUCACCGUUCAGUGCUGCAGUGCCCCUGGAGUGUCGGGGGGAAACGGCAGCCUCAACAACGGAGGGCAUCACCCAGCCUCUGACCCCGAGGAGCCGCCACCCAUCAGUGCAGAGGCUGCCAAGGUGGUUGCCGUGACGCUGGUGGAGAACAUCUGCCCAGACGUGGCCAACGGAGAACUGUCAUGGCCGCCGGAGGAGCACGCUCGCACCACCGUGGAGAGAGACAUCCACAUCCGACGAUGUUUCGAGGCCCAUCCCGUGCUCUUCCCCCUGCUGCACGUUGUGGCUGCUGGCCGUCCAGCCCUCUGCUACUGUUCAGCGGUGCUCCGAGGCCUGCUGGCCACUCUCCUCGCCCACUGGGAGGCUUCACGGGAGGCUUCGGCCGUGGACUCUCCCUGGCACCUCCAGGCCUCUUGUCUGCUGGUGUCCUGCAUGGGUGAAGGCCAGCUGUUGCCCCCUGUACUGGCCAAUGUCCAUGAGGCUUUCCCUUACUUGACUCCCUUUGAGGUCAGGCUGCUCCUGCUGGCUGUGUGGGAGUAUGUGAGGGGCAAUGGUCCAAUGCCCCAGAAGUUUGUGUUCAGCUCAGAGAAGGGCCUGUUUUGCAGAGACUUCUCACGGGAUGGAGAUGUGGCCAGAUAUGUGGCGCCUAUCCAUAGUGUCCUGCAUAAAAACAUUGACCGUCUUGGCCACCUGUGCUGGCGCUUUCAACUCUGAGAGAAAAAUGGAAAGAACAGAUGGAGGGUGGGACUGAACUGUAGGCAAGGGAAAAAACUGAGUUAAGGAGGGAUAGUAAGUGAAUGCAAGUAGGAGGAAGGUUGUGAUUGUAGAAGACUGGGAAUUGUGGGGGUGUUGCUUUGCAAUGUUCAGUAUUUGGUUGUUCCUCUCGCCUCAUCUAGUUCUGUACCUUAAUGUGUCUAUUCAUUUUUGUUUUUUGUUUUAUAACAUACAAGUAUUUUCUAACUUGCUGUUACUGUGAAAAUGCUACUGUCACAAUAAAUGACCACACAAU